AUGGGCAGUGUUCUCACCAUCGCCUUGCUGCUGGCCAUGUUUCUGGUCGCUUUGGACAUGAGCAUCAUCACCACCGCUAUUCCCACUAUCACGGCUCGCUUCCAUAGCGAAGGUCAGAUGGGAUGGUAUGGAUCCGCCUUCUUCCUUUGUUUAGCCAGCUUUCAGUCCUUUUGGGGGAAAGCAUACAAGUACUUCCCCAUCAAGAUUGCAUUUUUAACCGCCAUCGCCGUGUUUGAGCUGGGAAACUUGGUGGCUACCCUCUCGCCCAACAGCCUGGCCUUGAUCAUCGGGCGUGCCAUUCAAGGCAUCGGUGGCGCGGGUAUUACCGGUGGCUGCUACACAGUUCUAGCCUUCAUCACGCGUCCGAAAUACCUACACGCGGUUUUCGGUUUCACCAGUGGUGUCUUUAGCUUGUCUUCUGUGCUGGGCCCCAUCCUGAGUGGUGUGUUCACCCAGUACGCGACAUGGUGA